AUGAAUUUCCCCAACGAACCCUUCUUUCGACGUUUGGUUGAUCUCGCCAACGGUCACUCGCGUGUCAUUAUCAGCGAUGGCUUCUCUGGCAUUAGAAUCACCUAUGGAGAGCUGCUGUCCCGGGUACUCCGAUUCCAACAAGAUUUGCAGCAGCAACUGCCUCCCGCUACACUAGACAACAACAAAGUGCUCCGCGAACCAUUGUGUGUAGGGAUCCUUGCCACCGUCAGUGUGGAAUUUGUGGUGGCCCUCUUAGCAAUACUAUCCAUUGGGGGCAUCGUGGUACCCUUAUGCAAGUCCCAGUUCGCGUUCUCUUCUCUAGAUGGCAACCUUCCGGCUAACAGUGCUCCACAGCAACGGCCGAUUCCGCUGAUUCAACGACGCGAAGCCAUUCUCAUCUUCACAUCAGGAACAACGGGCCAGCAGAAAGGCGUCUUGCACUCCCGAGAAUUCUUCAAUGCCAAAGUCGAGGCCGAGCCCAUAGGAACAGAUUCUGAAUGCCUGCUCUUCGCUCGUAUGUCGAUCUUAGUCGUUUCUAUCCGCGUCAUGGUUCGGAUGCUCCUGCGGGGGGUUCGCAUUGAGCUAUGGCCAUAUCUGUAUGACCCGGACAUGAUUUGGGAGCGUCUGCGCAAGGGUGGAAUCACCGCGCUGGAUCUGUUGCCGACCAUGUGGCGAAAUAUGAUGCUUGCAUAUCGCCAAAGAAUAAGUCAGCUUCCUUCAGCAGAGCAGGAGAAGUACUGUGCUGGGGCGCGCCAACUGCGUGACGUUGCUUGUGGCGGGCAGCCAAUGUUGCAAGAUGUCAAAUUAUUCUGGCAGAAGAUGCUGGAUGGACGAUGUGUGACCAUCAUCUACGGUGCAACGGAGGCGGGCAAUAGCUUGCUCAGAGCCGUGGGCGAAGAUUCACUGGUAGAAGCCACACGCAGCGCUUUCGAUCAGGACGGCUUCUUCCGGACCGGCGAUAUCGUCCGUUACAACGGCAGCGAGUAUGUGUUCGAGGGCCGCGCCUCAUGUGAUUGUAAGUAUAUGCACAGGGAGUGCGUAUCUUGA